AUGCUCUCUUCUGUGCCACACCCCAGCACUGGCCAGGGCUCCCUGCUGCUGCCCACCAGGCAGGCCCAGGAGGACAUGCAGGAGUUCUCUUGGGGAGGACCCUGGGUGGACAGAGCGCCAUACCACCAGUACGGCCAUGCCCCUUCCUGUAUUGCCUUGGUUGCCCGGAGAACCGCCAGCGUGAAGCAGACUGCACCGCCCCGCUUCUCCCGCGUGAACGGCUGGUCGCUGCCCCUGCACUCCUUCCAGGCGGUGGGCUGGUCGACAUUCCUUGUCAUGUCACUCGCCGCCUUUGGGGUCUUCAUCCCCUUCCUGCCGCAGACCUGGAAGUGUGCGGCCUAUGCCGUGAUUGGUGGGCUGUUCGCCUUCCACCUUGUGGUCCACUUGACUGCGGUCUCCAUCGACCCCGCCGAGCCCAACGUCAGGCUGAAGAAGAGCUACCUGGAGCCCGUGCCCACCUUCGACCGGUCCAAACACACGCACGUGAUCCAGAACCAGUACUGCCACCUGUGUGCCGUCCCUGUGAGCGAGAAGGCCAAGCAUUGCAGCUCUUGCAACAAGUGUGUCUCUGGCUUUGACCACCACUGCAAGUGGCUCAACAACUGCGUGGGCCAUAGGAACUACUGGUACUUCUUCCUGUCCGUGGCCUCGGCCUCGGCCUGCCUGGUCUGCCUGCUCGCCCUCCUGCUCUACGUGCUCAUCCAGUACUUCGUGGACCCCAGGGAGCUGCGCACGGACCCCCAGUACAAGAAUGUCCUGGACAGGGACACGUGGCUGCUGUUCCUCCCCUGCUUCCCCGUGAAGGCGCCGACGCCGGUGGUCCUGGCCCUGGCCGCGGGCGUGCCGCUGCUGGGGCUGCUGCUCGUGCACCUGCUGCUCUUCCACGUCUACCUGAGGCUCAUGAGGAUGAGCACGUUCGACUACAUGGUGCGGGGCCAGCAGGAGCGGACCAUGAGAAGCCCGGCCGUGAGGAUGGAGAGUGGGCUCCCGCAGGAAGAAGGUGAUGGACUGAGUCCGUUUGCAGUUGAGAGAGCAAAUCGCCAGAAGGCCCUGAGGACAUCUGAGUGUCCACCUCUGUUCCCCACCGCGGCUAUACACCCAGAGGGGAGUAUGUCACUGAAGGAAGGAGAUGAUGAGCUGAGUCCAUCUGCAGUUGGCAGAAUGAAUCACAAGGAGUUCCUGCUGCCCUCCAGGUGCUCGAGUCUCAGCUUGGCCACCACCACGUCCCCUGAGAGUUCUCCGGUGCCAGAGGUCUUGGCUCCACAGUCCUCCGCCACCUCAGCCUCCACGACUGAGAAGAGCCAGCAAGACACAGGGCAGCUUGUGCGGGGGGACAGUGCCAAGAGCCAGGGCUUGGCUACAGGCGCCCAGGUGCCCACACCCGCCACAUCCUCCACCCCAGGGCACUUCUCCGUCAAGAUCUUGCCUACGGAGUCAUACCUGGAGAGUGGCCUGCCUCAUCAUGGGCCGCGGCCCUGCAGCUGGAGUAUGUUACCUCGGAAGACCCUCGGUAGCCUCCAAAGGGGCCAGAAGACUCCCAGUUCGGCCCCAGCCUCUGUCAGCACCCUGGUCCCAUCGGUGGGGGAGCCUGCCCUGCUGGAAGUCGGCCGGCUCCAGCCAUGGGACAAGCACCGGGCGGAAAGUGCAGAGCAGGCCCUGUGCAGGGCUGCCCUGUCCAGCCUGGCAGAGCCAGCAGCCACACACCCCACACUGGACACAGCCUGCCACUGCCCCUCUGGGGAGGCCGCACAGCUGGAAGCCGGCACCCUGCCCACGGCCCUGCAGACCACAGUGGAUGACCAAGCCGAGGUGUGAAGAGGGGCUUGGCGUG